AUGACCGAUUCCUUUGAUCUGUGGGGUGCAUCCUUGUGCUGGGCUGAUGAGGCCAUGGUAGACCAAGAUUCUGAAUGGGUACUGACCUGGCAGGGCGGAGUGGCUCCGCCUGAAGCUGUGCCGAGCACUGCAUCCGAACGUGAGCUGAAUAUUUUGUCCACGCAAGACAUCAUUGAUCACGAGGCCUCCUUCGAUUGUGGCGGCUCCCUGGUUCGACAGGAGAAGUCCGAGCGCUGCAGCGACACUGCAUCUUCAAGGUGCAUCCGUCUGAUGUUUUUUUUUUUUCAAAGUCAGUCAGAUGGGUGUGAUUGGCACUCCCCCGUAGAUGUUGCUGCCGAUGCACCCAGUGAGAGCUGGCCGGCCAUGCCCGCAACGUGCCCUGCGCAGGAAACGCAGCCUGCGGCCAUCGAAAGUCACCAGGUGCGGCUAUUUGAUGAGACACAAUUAUAUGUCAGCACACCACAAGGGCUUCCUGCAAGUGCUGCAGACCACAUUGCUGAAAUCGACCGAUCCCUGGCCGACGCAAAGAGUAUAUCAGGUGCUGCACAAGAGACCUUGGUCUACGAGGUCGACAAUGCUGGAGUUGACCCUGAAGCUGCUUGCGUCAUACCAGGUGCUGCACAAGAGACCUUGGUCUACGAGGUCGACAAUGCUGGAGUUGACCCUGAAGCUGCUUGCGUCAUACCAGGUGCUGCACAAGAGACCUUGGUCUACGAGGAAGUGGGCCAACCUGAAGGAGUUAACACCCUGGAGUACAUUGCUGCCACUCAAUCAUCUCCAUCCCAGCUUGGUGCUGUGGACAGCGAGACUUUGUUAUAUCCUGUCUCGGAGCACUUCGUCACCGUGUCAACAGUGGCCACACCUGUGCGUCAAGGAACAUAUGUGGCCAACACUUCUGGACGCUAUGCCAGGGAUGCGCGCUUGCAGGAGUGA